AUGCGACAACUACGGCCAUUUCUAAUAGUUAUUAGUUUGUUAUUGACGAGUAUCGUCUAUGCACAAGAUCCAAAUUUUUGUCCGAAGGGACCUACUACUAGCCCUGCACCCAAUUGGCGAAAAGUUCCACCUAGGUUUGAAAUUAUUACCGAGUUGGUCUCGUCCACUGAAUCAAUGGAACUUUCACAAGCAUUCUCACCAGUGCGUGACGCUAUUGCAGUAAAUACAAAAGAUGGACCACUACAAGUCUAUUGGAAUUUCGGUACUAAGGAACAAUUUGAGGUUGUAACUGCUGUUGUUAAUAACCAACCAAUAUCAGUAUGUCUUCGACAAGUGAUCACAGACAAUUCACAAACUAGUGUUAUUCUACCAAAUUCACUUACUGUCAAGCCAUCAAUUUUACUUGGUUAUGAUUAUCUUAAUCGAGAGAAUCUUCUAUGGGGUAAUGAAUAUGUUGGUGAUGAAGAUCUACGUGGUAUUCCUACGAAUAAAUUCAUAUCAUGUUUUUAUAUACCUGAUAUAAAAGCAACUGUAUAUGCAACAUAUUAUGUAUCGGAUGUAACAAAAUUUCAAGCUUAUUUACCAGCAAAUGAAAGUAUUAUAUUACAAAUAGAUGUUCAAGUUAAAAAUGAAAGUGGUAUUAUAGACGCAUAUACAUACAAUGUAUUUCGUUUUACACCAAACCCCAGUCGUCGAGAAGAACGUCAAGCAUUAGAAACACCAGCUGGUUUAUAUUGUCCUAAUCGAACGCCUACAUUACCUAUACCAUCAGAUAUUCCUGAACGAGUUAGUUCAAAUUCGGAAUCUCUUAUACCACUAGCAAAUUCAUCAAUUUUUAGUACACAUGCUCUAUAUGAUACUGACUUUCAAUUCACUCGUUUCGAUAUUUGGUUUCCUGCUCCAUUCAGUGCACGCCGGUGGUAUCAUUACAGUGAAAUACAUGAUUUUGCAGUUGGUCUCACUUAUCAAUAUAAUCAUACAACACGACAAUGUAGUGUUCGUGAUAUAAGUCCAAUGUCUAAUGAUGCUUCACCAGUGGAUGGACAACCAAAUCUAGUACAAAUGGGCUCUCCACAACAUUUAUUUUUAAUGGAUGAUAUUGCAUAUCAAUAUACCGGUGAAAAGCCAUGUCAUGAUCGUGUUUGGUGUCACGUAUGGAUCGGUGAAAAAUAUUUGCCAGAUAAUACAGUUCAACAUCGAGAAUGGUAUUGGUCAUCAAGUAUCAAUGGUGAACCUGUAGACCGAUCAAUGCCAAUGAAAAUGACCUUGAAAGGCUAUACCAAUGGUAGUUUGGUAUAUUCAUUUGAAACAAAUAUUUUUAAUUAUCGUCGUCGUCCAAUGACAAUCUUUGAAAUUGAUUUCGAAUUAGCUGAUUGUUAUAGAGCUUUAGGUCCAGCUCAAAAUUUCAGUCUUGCUGUUUUAUCAUUUAAAAUAAUAAAUGAUAAUAACAAAUAUCCAGUAUUGCAAAAUUUAAAUAAUUUACGUCUUCAUAUAUUUGAAACAUUAUUAUUUACAUUAUUUGUACGACCAAUUCGAGUUUCAAAGCUUAUUGUUGAUAAAAGUGAUAAUGAUAUUUUAGUUACUUUUACAUUACUUGAUGCCCCACCACGUACAGGACCUGUAGAAAAUCCAUUACAAGAAGAAAGCUUACAAGUAUUGAUUGAACGUCUCGAUACAAUUAUUAAUUCAGAUACUCUUGCUUUUCGUGUUAAAUAUAAUACAACACAAGUUACGUUACGUGCACGUCCUAAUUCUCUCAAUGUUCAACAUAGAAGUUCACAAAAAGAAAUAAUCAAAACUUCAGGUCCGAAAAUCACUGGACUUUGGAUUGGAUUUGUAGUUGGUGGAUUAGUUGUCGGAAUCAUUGGUGGUUUUUUAUUAUUCGGAAAAUUUGCCAAAUAA